UCGUCACCCCCGUUACUCCUUCCCUCGAACCCUUUUCAACUACAGCUAGCCACCGCAUUGCAAAUUCCUCCUAAUCCUCUCUCUCUCUCUCUCUCUCUCUCUCUCUCUCUCUACACGCACAAACAGUCACUUCAUCGGAGAGAAGUACUAAGAAUGGCAGCGUCAUAUGUAUCUCUGUCGAAUAUUAGCUCGGUUUCAACCACACCAAGUGUCUCACCUGUCAAAGUUACGACCUCAGUCUGCUCUUUCGCUCCAAAAUGUGCAUUUUCUUCAUUCUCAUCAUCUACCUAUUUCUCCGGUCUGACGUUGCCGCGAUUGGUUUGUAUGACUAGGAGUAGAAUCGGUUCCAUGCCUUUCAGAGUCCGAGCUGUGGCUGAGGAAGCUACAUUGCAAGCGAAAGUGACAAACAAAGUUUUCCUCGAUAUAAGCAUUGGAAAUCCAGUAGGAAAGUCUGUGGGAAGGGUUGUUAUAGGUUUGUACGGUGAUGAUGUGCCACAAACUGCAGAAAAUUUCCGUGCUCUAUGCACAGGGGAGAAGGGAUUUGGUUACAAAGGUUCGUCAUUCCACCGUGUUAUCAAGGAUUUCAUGAUUCAGGGAGGAGAUUUUGACAAAGGAAAUGGCACUGGUGGAAAGAGCAUUUAUGGACGUACAUUCAAAGAUGAGAACUUUAACUUGGUUCAUUCUGGACCUGGAGUUCUUAGCAUGGCAAAUGCUGGUCCCAAUACCAAUGGAAGCCAAUUCUUCAUUUGUACUGUCAAGACAGCAUGGCUGGACAAGAAGCACGUCGUAUUUGGACAAGUUCUGGAGGGUAUGGAUGUUGUUAGGUUGAUUGAAUCACAAGAAACUGAUAGAGGUGAUUGCCCGAGGCUCAGGGUUGUGAUAAGUGACUGUGGUGAAGUUCCAGUGGCGUAAGGGUGGAGUAAAGUGAUUUAGAGCAAUCAAGAGGCUUUUUUUGCGAUAAUCCAGGUUUGAGGGAAUUGUACUUGUUUUGAGAUGGUUGCAUGUUGAAUAAAUUCCCCUUAACCGUAUUGAAAUAAUUGAUCCAUAUGCUGCUGCUGUCCA